AGUAUAUAGGGGAAGGUCGGCGCAGGUCCACACAAGAGGUGUUCCAAACCAACCAUCGUUAAGGUACCGUCGCAGACAUGCAUCAUAUGUGCCCGGUGGAUGCAUCGGGCCUCCAAAGCUGCCCUGUGGGGUCCGGGGCGUUCGGAAUGCUCUUUACCGGAAUGGUGACCUCCGUGCUGCAGUCGGCGUGGAAUCUCACGAAUGAACCGCUGACAUAUCCUCCGGAGCCGAAGUUGCCCAUCACCACAGACUACGACUUCAUCAUCAUAGGUGCUGGCUCUGCCGGGUCAGUUAUGGCCAGUCGACUGUCAGAGGUCGCUGGCUGGAAUGUGCUCCUUCUCGAAGCUGGUGGUGAUCCCUCAAUCACAACGGAGGUACCAGCUCUGCAGAGUAGAGUGGAGCGUACUUAUGAAGACUGGCAGUUUGUCACAGAGGAGCAACAACAGGCCUGUCUCGGGUUUGAGCAUCCUGGGAGGUGCCUCUGGCCUAGAGGGAAGAUGGUGGGUGGGUCCAGUAACCUCUACGGCCUGGUCUACGUGCGAGGCAAUAAAUGUGACUACGAUGGCUGGGCGCGACAGGGUCUCACCGACUGGAGCUACGACAACGUGCUGCCAUACUUCAAGAAAUCGGAGGACCUACGUUCGGAUUUAAUAGCAUCAGAACCAGACGUCCACAAGUACCACGGCUUUGGAGGCUACUACACUGUCAGCCAAAUAAAGGCCAACUUGAGCGUCUAUGAAACAAUGAAGGAAGCUGUCAGAGAGACUGGCCACGAAUUCGUAGUCGACCUUGUCGCGGACAAAUUCCUCGUAUUCUCAGAGUCUUUGGGGGACAUAAGAGACGGCGAAAGGUGCAGCAAUGCGAAGGCUUUUCUGAGUCCUGCGGGGCGCAGGUCAAAUCUACAUCUGCUGAGGCACGCUUUCGUAACGAAAAUUCUUAUCGAUCCGGAAACCAAAAGGGCGUAUGGAGUUGAAUUUAUGCAUGGCGGCAAGAAAAUGGUGGCUAACGUUACAAAGGACGUCAUUAUGUCUGCAGGGACUGUGCAGUCUCCACAAAUUCUGAUGUUGUCUGGAGUGGGUCCUGAAGAUGAACUAAAAUCCUUGGGUAUAACAACGAUUGUAGCGAAUGAUAAUGUCGGAGCUAAUCUCCAGGAUCAUUUCAAGUCGCCAAUAAUCACAUUCUGCAUAAACAACGAAAAGUACCGCAGAGAUCAGUCGGAGUUAACCAGUGACGACGAAACUUACCAGUACCUUAAAGGAAGAACGGGUCCGCUUGCAACACUGUCUUGUAACAAUUUCUUAGGUUUCAUCAGGACAAAUUCUACACCAGAUGAGUACUGCCCAGAAGGAUACCCAGACAUCGAGAUGCAACUGUCCUGUGUGAACAAAACGGAUGGCGGUGGACGUCAGGCCUUCCUGGAUAAAGCAGCCUUCGGAGAAGACGCCAGGCGUGGAUACAAUGAGAUAUUUGACAGCUGUGACAUGACUAUGAUUCCGUACAUGACGCUACUACACCCGCGAAGCGUCGGUAAAAUCUCUCUGAACAGCCCUGAUCCGCGUGACCCACCCAAAAUCGACCCGCAAUAUUUGACUAGAGACGAAGACAUUCAGGCGUUUCUGGGCGGUGACGAGUACGCCAUAAAGUUUGGCAACACUGAAGCUAUGAAGAACAUUGGAACCGAGGUAAAAAUUCUUACUCUGGAGGCAUGCUCAGAGUACGAGAAGACGAGCAAAGAGUAUUGGGAGUGUGGUGUAAGACAAGUGGGCUACACCAUAUACCACCCCGUGGGUACCUGCAAGAUGGGCGUCUCCAACGACAGUACGGCCGUUGUAGACCCAACGCUCAAGAGAAAGACUGCAGCACAUGGAAAAGUACAAUAACGAAAUAUAUUAAACUUAUAUUACCGGAAUGGGUAGUAGCGAAAGUCUGGACAGUGUACCAAGACAACACACUGUUCCGCAUAUGUGCCAGAAUGCUACGGAAACUGAGCGCCGAAGGAAUCUAUUUCCAUUAAAACUUAGAGCUUGAAUGUAAACACUCAUUUACUUUUUGCUUAAAUGAUUUACAACUUUGUCCUUGCAUAAAACAUUAUUGAAUGUCGAAUUGCGUUGGCUUAGCCUUAAAUCACUGUUCUAAUGGAUCGUGGACACCUUGUAAAGGUGAGGAGCUUUGAACCACUGGAGUUUAGGUUUCUGAAGCGGGCCUGUCGUGUCACGCAGGUCCUGGGCGUGGAAGGCCUACGUGUUGUAGACGCGUCGGUGAUUCCCAGUAGCAUUAGCGGCAACAUCCACGCCGCUGUCACGAUGGUCGCCGAGAAGGCCGCCGACUACGUGAAGAGCGACUGGAGCGGCCAGCAGGGCACGAGCUCCGCCAGCCCGUCGCGGAGUCGACAGGGAAGAAAUCAGCAGAAUCGCCAGCGGAAACGACAGGAAAAACAGCACGGAAAGAGGCGGGGAAAACACCGGGGGAGUCGAAUUUGACUUUUCACAACAACAGAGACGUUGGGACGAUGCUCAAUUUCGGUAUGACAUAACAUAGCUAUUACUCUAAUGGGAACAGCGAAAAUAAAAAUUAUUCAACAUACGAAACACAUUCUGUUUACUGAUUUGUUCCAGCUGGAUGAGAGAAUGGUAAAAUGAUUUUUGUCCUUUAACAGUGUUUCGAAAUUGUAAGGUCUGCUCGUUUCCAGGAAGUCUUUGGGAAAAGUCUGGGGAGUUUUCAUUUCGUUAUUUUCGUCUCAGGUCUAACGUGGAUGUCUUCGAUACUGUCAAUAAAAAUGCUUGCAAGGCUAAACCUGUAGUAUUUGUGGUAUGUUGGUAAACACCGUUCCCACAUACACUCCCUCCUGCUAACAGCAUCUUUUUCCACUGUGUAAUUUCAUAUAUAUGUAUGUGUAUGGGUAUGUGCAUGUGUGUGUUCAUCCUACUCUAUUUCUCCUUGGAAAAAACUCUCGCUCUCUCUCUCUCUUUCACACAAACACACAGACAGUGCACACGUCCUUAUUCAUUCUUCCUGGAAAGUACACUCUGGAUUAAUAUUGAUACGUGGUACAUACUGAAAUUAAGGAAAACGUGGAAGGGAGUACCCACCAAUAUAGCUUUCUUUAACACUACCUGUUUAUUGAACAAUAUAUACACCGUGUUUUACAGAUAACCGAAACAUUUAACCAUCAAAUUUUCCUUAACUAUAUGAAAAAUAUUUGCAAAAUUCUUUUGACCUUCAACCUUAACUUGAAUAAGCUUUUCAUCUUUGCAAAAGAAACCUGAAGUGCUGUAUUGCAAAAACACCAAACAAUAUGACAAUGAUUACAAGACGGCCAGACCGGCAGCCCGCCCGUUAUUGGACGAAAUAGCGCUGUUUUCUACCGCGCUAGUCACAGUCUGUCUUAUUAAGUGCCAUUCUGCAACACAUAUAUAUAAGCUCUAUUGAUUCCAAACGUGAUUCAGUUAAUCAAAACAGAUGACUUAACCUUUAAUUUGAAUGCUGUAUGUCGAAAGGCUCGGGGUUAAGAUGCGCACCUGGGUUUAAAGGUUAAACAGAUUAGCAAACAACAUGACACUGAUCAUCUUGUGGUGCAGUUCUUGGUAUGUCCGUGCUUGCUCCGAAAAUAAGCCUAGGAAUUCCACCUUAUGUAAUACACCUUUUAUCUCUUUUGUUUUACCCCAACAGAAUAACCAUACUCAACAUAAAAUUUAACGGACUAUUUUUGGCUUCUAAAAUAGUACCCAACUAUGUAACCAUAACUGUAAACAACAUGUCAUCAGCAGCACAGCAAAAAAACGUAUGGCUGAAAUCAUGUUGGUAAAGCAAGAAAUACGGUCUUUGUAUUCCAAAAACCAGUCUCUGAAUAUUGAACUAUACAUAUUGCAUACAGAAUUAGCAAAUCACGAACUAUCCACC